AUGAAGAUCCUUACGCCUUGCCCCUCGAGUCAGUUGGAAGAUCCAUACUUUCGACCUUAUCUUUCAGUCAUUGUCGGAGCCGCCGUAGCAGGUCAAGUCGUCCAAUUUGGCGGUGGCGUCACUGGGAUCCAGAAAGGCCAGCGGGUGAUGGGUUCUGCAAUUCCAAUUGCAGUAGCAAGCGGCCUCCGAGUCGUGACAACAGCAUCGAAGAAGUAUUCUGCGGCCGUCACAUCACUGGGCGACGAAUACUUUUCCGAUCAUGACAGUGCGACUAUCGUUGAUGACGUUGUCAACGCAUCGAAAUUCUCAGUAGGGAUCGAUACGAUCUCGAAACCACCAACCAUCAAGGCACCUGCAGACGUAGUUCAAUGCCUAGGCAAAAGUAAAGAAACCUCGUGA